UAUCUUACAGUCGAAUCAAAAUGCAGAGCGUCAACUUAGUUUUAAUAGGUCUUCUAUCUAUUGUGAUGUCACGAUUUGUUAGUGGAAAAAGUAAAUCACAUUCCAGCGGCAUCAAGCACUCGCCUUCUAAAGUUCGGUGGAAGUCCACGAUAGACAUGAUUGAAGAUGAAAAUUAUCCAGUGGAAAAUGUUUACGUCACAACACCAGACGGGUAUAUUUUGAACAUUCAUAGAAUACCUCAUGCAAAAUAUGGUAGAAGAAACGGAAAAGUUGCUUAUCUUCAACACGGUGCUUCCGGUUCUUCCUCUGACUGGAUAUAUUUCGGACCCAAAAAUGCAUUAGGAUUUAUUCUGGCUGACGAAGGAUACGAUGUGUGGCUGGGCAACACAAGAGGUAACACUUAUUCACGAAAUCACACUAUCCUCAAUCCUGACACCGAUGUAGAGUUCUGGGAUUACACAUGGCAUGAAAUGGGUGUCUUUGAUAUUCCAUCGAUAAUAGAUCACAUUUUGGAGAAAACAGGAACUGACGGCGUUUACUACGUCGGGCAUUCACAGGGGUCGACAGUAUUCUAUGUGAUGGCUUCAAUGAAACCGGAGUAUAACAAAAAAAUAAAAACUCACAUCAGUUUGGCCCCAAUUGUUUACCUUAGCCACUUGAAAAGCCCUAUCUUACGUGUUUUGGCAGCUUCAGAAAAACAUUUCAGUGAAUUAUUCAGACGAGCCGGAGUUUAUGAACUUCUUCCAAAUCGUGGAGAUUUAGUAGCAAUAGCUAAAGAAGUGUGUCCCUCAAUAAUAGGAAAUGUUCUCUGUCAGAAUAUUCUCUACAUGCUAGUUGGCUUCAGUCCGAAACAGAUGAAUUUCAACAGAGUACCUUUAGAUCACAUGCCAGCAGGAACUGGAAUGAAAGUAUUUAUGCAUUUCAUUCAGGAAAUAAGAUCGAAAAAAUUUUGCCGUUAUGACUACGGGACAUCUGGAAACAUGAAAAAGUAUGGCCAAACUUCACCACCGAAUUACGAUCUGAAAAAAAUCACAGCGCCGGUGUAUAUUAUAUAUUCUGAGAAUGAUAUGCUGUAUGCAACUGAAGAUAUUGAGAAGCUUUUCAAAGAACUUCCUAAUCGCCAAGAGAAAUUGUUAAUAACGGAUAGGUUGUGGGGGCAUCUUGAUUUUUUGUAUGGUAAAGACGCCCCAAAGUUUGUUUAUAAUGAAAUUGUCAUGAUUUUCGGUCAGCAGUGAUUAUUCCAGUAUUACGCAUAGAAAUAUUUCUUUAAACUGAAAGAUUGUUCAAUGAUGAUACCAACUGUGGUUACCUCUAAAUUCAUUGAUCGUCAAUAACAUUAUUUUUACAAAUUAUGUACAAUGAAUUAUACAUACCUACUUUCAUUGAAUCUGUACUGAUUUUUGACCGUACAACUUUUUCUCUAUUCGACCAUUUUACUUAUGAUUCAAUAUUCUAA